UAUAAUCAUUCCUCUGUCUGUCCUCUGAAUUUCCUCACUCUCUCUCUCUCUUCGCUCUCUUUCUCUCUCUAGGGAUUGCAGAGGUAGCAGCCACACAUACGAGGUAGAGCUCGGAGCCACCCAUUCUCCAAACCCUAGAAAUGGACUGAUCGUCGCUGAGAAGCUCCCCGCAGUUCCUCCGCUGCCAAGUGUUCUCCGCCGUAUCGGCCGUGUGCAAUAGAAGCAUCAUCAAAGGGCAGAAUCUGUGGAAGGAAUUCAAUUCUAGUGUUCCUGCCAUCGAGCAUGGAAGAUACUCGGGCAGUCUCAACACUUAUGGAUUCUACAUCCUCCAAGAUACUGCAGCUUCAGAAGGCUUUUGCAGAACUUGAACGUCACAGGGCAGUAACUCUUAACUUAAAAUGGAAAGAACUAGAAGAGCAUUUCCACGGGCUUGAAAAAUCUUUGAAAAGGCGAUUUCAUGAAUUGGAAGACCAAGAAAAGGUUUUGGACACAAAAGUUAUGAAGGCCCGGGAAAUGCUGGAGAAGCGGGAAGCUGCUGUUGUGGCCAAAGAAGAAGCUUCCUUGGAGAGGCUUCAGAAGAAGAGAGAUGCGGCUGCUUUAGCAAUUUCAACUUCUCUAAAGAAGCACCGAAAGGUAACACCUGCUGAUCUCAGUUGUUGGGAGGACCAAGUUAGGGUAGCUCGUGUCGAGGAGAAGAUAGCUGAUGAUGUCACGACCCCUGAGAGUUGUGUUGAGGACCCAGAAGAUCCCUAUGAAGAUGACAGUGAGGAGGUGAAUUCAACACCCCUGUUAGAUAAGUUCUUUAAAGACAUGGAUUCAGAGGGGCUCCAUAAGUUCAUAUCAGACAACCGAAAGAAUCUUGCUACCAUAAGGGAGGAAAUUCCACGUGCUCUUCGAGCAGCACCAAACCCAGCCAGUUUUGUUUUGAGAUCACUUGCAGACUUUUACAGCACUGAUCGGCCGAAAUUUGAUGGGAAGAAGGAUUCGGAUCUGUUGGGUCUCCGGCGGACCAGUAUCAUGCUGAUGGAAUGCCUUAGCAUUCUUCUCAUGGACAGUGAUCUCUGCAUUUCAGACAUCAUAACGGAUGAGAUUAAGCUGCAAGCAAAAGUAAUUGCUGAGGAGUGGAAACCCAAAUUGGAUGCUCUUGACACGGGUUGUAGCAGUGGAAACUCUUUGGAAGCUCAUGCAUUCUUGCAACUUCUGGCAACUUUUGGCAUCACUUCGGCUUAUGAAGAGGAAUUUAUUUCUCAGCUGAUACCUAUGGUUUCACGCCGUCGCCAAGCUGCUGAUCUUUGUCGUUCCCUUGGGUUUUCUGCAAAAAUGCCAGGUAUUAUUCAGGAAUUGGUGAACAGUGGAAGGCAAGUUGAUGCAGUAAAUUUAGCAUUUGCAUUUGAGCUAACAGAACAGUUUGCUCCUGUGCCUUUACUGAAAUCGUACUUGGAAGAAUCAAGAAAAGCUACUUCAGCCGUCAAACCUGAAAACUCCGCUCCCACUGCUCCGCUCGAGUUCAAAGAGAGAGAACUCUCUGCCCUUAAGGCCGUCCUGAAGUGCAUAGAAGAGCAUAAGCUUGAGGAGCUAUAUCCAGUGGAUCCGAUCAGAAAGCAGGUUAUCGAACUCGAGAAGGCCAAGGCAGAGAAGAAGAAAGUAAAUGAAGUAAUGAAGCCCCAACCCAAAAGGCCCCGUGCUAUUGUCGCUUCUGCUGCAAAUGUGCAUCCAAUGCCGAGCUCAGCCCCGGAGAAGGUUUUCUACCCGAGAGUCAAUGAAAGGUACCCUCCAUACAUCUACGAGAGACCUUACGUCUACCCCGAGAGCCAUGGUCCUCAGCUCGUGGGCCCUCCUGCUGCUUACAACCUCCCACCCGGGCAUGGUAACUUCUUCGGGAAUGUCUACCACUACCAGACUCCGCCGUAUCUUCGCUGAGGUAGAGAGGAAGAAGAUGUUUCAAUGGUGACUCACUCAUCAUUUUAGCCGCUUAGCUCCUUGUAACUCUCUUUUGAUGUGGCAUUGUAUGAAAUCACUUUAAAAAAAAAAAAAACUAAAAACUUGACCCCAAGAAAAGGGACAAAAACUCCCCCCCCACCCUCCCCAACCCCCCCCCCCCCCCAAAAAAAAAAAAAGACCUUGUUAAAUUUGAGCUGCUUGUCAUAUCUAAUCUAUGUACUUUGCUUUCAUGUGUAUACACCCUUUGCUGCUCCUAUCUUAUGGCUCCUCUUCCUA